UACAUGAAUGUGUGCCUAUGGCCCAUUUUUUAUGGCAAAGCUUGAGCGAAGAGGCAUACUUUUUUGACCAAACUAAAAAACAUCAUCCUUACUUUAAUCAACAUCCUCUGUUACCAUAUUAAAAAAUUAGAGCGUUAAAUAGGAUUCCAGCUUGUUAAAACGUGAUUGCCAAACUCGAACCAUUGACUUUUCUAUUUUCACACUAAUCUAGUUGUCAUACUUUUCGUUAAUGAUUUGUUCGAAAUUUUUGUGAGGAACCCACGUUUUUUCGGUAUAAGAAAUUUGAAUGCAGGACCUCCGACACACCUCGGAUAGUUGUAACUGACACCUUAUUACAUUACAAAAAAUUUGUUGUCAUAAUGUUAUCAAAAUAUUUAAAUAUAGGAGCUAUCGGACUUCAGAAUAGUUAGCUAAUUAGUUGGUUGUAUAGGAAUAAACAAUUAUUUGGCUACUUAAUACGUAGUGAAUAUUAAAAGAGAUAUCUAUCAUCCUAGAGAUAGCCUCGGUAAUUUUAAGGAGAAUUAAAUUGAUUAAUAAGCUAGUUGAGUCAAGUAAUCAGAUAGUGAAUUCCAUGUUUGUCUUUCCCCGUAGCUUCUUUCAUAUUUUUUCCUUGAUGUUAAGCUCAUAUGGUCUUUUGUACAAGAGAAAAUAUUCAAUUUUUGUACAUGUUUUUAUGAACUUUUAGGGUAGUUUAGAUUAAUGAUGCUGCAACUCGUGCUAACUCAUUUGCAUGAGUUAAACCAAGUUUCAAAGUCGAUUAACACAAAGAUGUUGAUGGGUUAAGAUGUCUUCUGCCCGCGAUAAUUUCAUUUAGGGAUUGUGCUCUAAAUAACAAUUAACAAGUGUAAAUGCCACUAAAAGGUUGCUGAAUUCCUUUUAGAUAGGUUUUCGUUGUCUCCAUUAAGAAACUUUCUUUACCAUGCAAAGUUACAAUCAACAGCACCUCUUGCAAUCCCAAAGGUUCGAAAAUCAAUUAAUACCAUACUAAUUAGUAUUACUUUUUCAACAAUUUUGCAUGCUGUUAUUUGCCAUUUCAUUUGCAGCCUAAGGAUCUGUUAGAAAAUUCUCAUACAACACCAUUAGACAAUUCUGUUGUUGAGAUUGAACUUCUUUACUGGUAGUGAUGUUCUAUUUAAUAUUACACCAUAAACUCCAUCAAUUAACAAGCAUUUUACCACUAAAAAAUUAAUUGAUACCACAUUGAUUAUUUUCAAGUAGUGGUAGUGAUUUAUUAGACCAACUUAACCAUAUUAAUUAAAUUGGUUUAAACUGGACCUAAAUGAUGGUAUCUUGGACUUCAUACAUGGUAUCACAACACACACAUCUUGACCCACCAAACACUCACCUGUCAAACAUGAUAUUAUCCAAGGGGUCAAGCACGAUUUCAUGGAAGGGGGUCAAGGGUCGACCACUCAAGCAUGCAUUGUGGAGGCGGAAUUUGGUUAAGUGUUGAGACCAAACCACAAGGAUCAAAGGAGGGUAAAUUUGGCUAAGUGUUGGGACCCAACCAUAAGGGGGUUAAACAUGACAUCAUCCAAGGCGGUCAAGCCUGAUGUCAUGCAAGGAGGCUUCGCAUUCAAGCAUUUAACCACCCACGUACCAAUCACCUUGAGGGUCAAGCACCAGGGUGCCAAGCAUGACGCCAUGCCAAGGGGGUAUACACGAUGCACCCUCAUCCCCAGUAGUCACGCAUGCUAGGCUUCAUGGGUAGUCAUGCAUGGUACCUUAGUAGACAAGGUCAUUAAGUUUCUAAGUGUCAGCCAUGUAUAUCAUGACUAUAAAUAUGAGAAACGAAGACAAAGAAGAGGUUACACAACCAAACACUUGGCACACUAUGUCAAGCUUAUCGUUUUCUCUGCAAACUAGCCAUAACUUUUAGUUUUCGGAGGUCUCACUGAACCUCCAUAGGAAUAGGUGUAAUUAACUUAGUUUGUUCCCAAAAAACCAUCAAACACCCUCGUUCGAACAUUGUUCGCAGAGGUGUGAACUGUAUUAAUUUUCAUUGUUCAAGAAGUCAAGGUCAUUAAUUGAGUACAACCAGCUUAUAUGUUGGUGUUGAAAAAACAUACGAGAAAAUGAAAAACUAUUAAUACCAAGUGGAUCCUGCAUUUAUAUAAUUUAUUUAAAUACAAUCUUAUCUAUAUUCUCCAUCUAUAUUUGAAUAAAAAUACUAAAUUACAAACAAAAUGAGAAAUCAUCUUACCGAUUUUAAUUAGUGUUUCAUAUCAAUGAUUUUAAUUAGGGUUUUGUCUAAUUAUAAUUGAACCUCAUUGUCCCGGUUGCCAUUUUGACAACAAUCAACAACUCCUACCGAUGGAUGCCUGAAAUUCCACUCACGCCGGAACUCACAGCCCUCCCACUUUUCCCGGUCGUGUAAAGCAGUAUAAAAAAACCAUCCCAAUCCUUUCGCACCGCCGCCGGCGUUGCCCCAUCCUAAAAACCCGCCACCGCCGAAGCCAUGAACUUUAGCCCCAUAGCUCAAGAUAUCUGCCUCACCAUUCCUCAUAUUUCCUCAAACCCUAAUCUACUCUCAAGUCUCUCUUCCCACAUGCGCCUUUCUCUUCUAUCCCCUCCUCUCUCCUUCCUCCGCUCCCUCGCCGGCUCCUUCUCUCACCUCCCCCGCCGCCGUUCCCUCUGCAACUACUGUACGCACUACCAACGCCGGCUCUUCCUACGGUCUCACCCGGGGGCAGCUAAAGCCAAUCAGCCUUUUCCCUCACUUCAGCAGGUGAACUGUCUCAGUCAUUCCGUCGAACAGUUGGCGUGCGAACCGCAGAGUUCAGAACCUCUGAAAAACUGGGACUUCUCGAAUUAUGACGACAGUGGGAGCGAUGUGUUUAAGCUCGAUGAGCAGCCGGGAGCUUUCAAGUUCGAAGGUGGAGACGCGGUACUUGCGGGUAGGGACACGAAGCACUUGGAGUCCCCUGGAGUGGAGGUGAAGGAGUUGGAAGAGGUGCCAGAGCAAUGGCGGAGGUCGAGACUGGCGUGGCUGUGCAAGGAGCUUCCGGCGCACAACUCAGGGUCCGUGGUGCGGAUUCUGAAUGGCCAGAGGAAAUGGAUGAGGCAGGAUGAUGCUACUUACGUUGUAGUUCAUUGCACACGCAUCCGCGAGAACGAGGCUGCUUUCAAGGUUUACAAGUGGAUGAUGCUGCAACGAUGGUACCGAUUUGAUUUUGCUUUGGCUACGAAGCUAGCGGAUUACUUGGGCAAGGAGCGGAAGUUCUUAAGAUGUCGAGAAAUAUUCGAUGAUAUCAUCAAUCAAGGUCGAGUGCCUAGUGAAUCAACUUUCCACAUUUUGGUUGUUGCAUAUCUUGGUGCAUCCAUUGAAGGUUGCUUGGAUGAAGCAUGUACCAUUUACAAUCGGAUGAUUCAGUUGGGAGGCUAUAGCCCACGACUCAGUCUGCACAAUUCUCUUUUCAAAGCCCUGGUAGCCAAACCUGGAUACGAAUCAAAGAAUUAUCUCAAACAGGCAGAGUUCAUUUACCAUAACUUGGUGACAACUGGACUCGAGGUACAAAAGGAUAUAUAUGGCGGCCUAAUUUGGCUACACAGCUAUCAGGAAGUUAUCGACAAAGAGAGAAUUAUGCAAUUGAGGGAAGAGAUGGGGAAAGCGGGAAUAGAGGAAGGCAAAGAUGUGCUGGUGUCUAUCUUGAGAGCAUGCUCAAAGGACGGCGAUGUGGAGGAAGCUGAAAAGACUUGGCUCAAACUCAUCAGUUGUAAUGGUGGCAUCCCUUCUCUGGCUUUGGUAUACAGAAUGGAAUUAUUUGCAAAGGCAGGGGAACCCAUGAAGUCCCUGGAGACAUUCAGGAGCAUGCAAGAGCUUUUAAAGGGUGCUACUAUUACAGGCUAUCAGAAGAUAAUAGAGGUCCUGUGUAAUGCUCAACAUGUGGAACUUGCAGAACUGCAUAUGGAAGGACUGGUUCAGAGUGGUCUGAAGCCCCUUACACCAUCAUAUGUAGAAAUGACGACCAUGUACCUCGACUUAAGCAUGCAUGAAAAGGUCGAAUCGACCUUCCUUCAGUGCCUGGAGAAAUGCCGGCCUAACCGGGCUAUCUACAAUAUUUACUUGGAUUCGUUGCUGAAAGCAGGAAACUUUUCUAAAGCAGAGGAGAUAUUCAACCACAUGCAGAGUAUUGAAGCAAUUGGAGUUGGCCCCGGAUCAUGUAACACCAUUCUUUCUGGGUAUCUUGCAUCUGGAAACCAUUUGAAAGCAGAGAAGGUAUAUGACUUUAUGUGCAAGAAGAGGUAUGAUGUUGAACCAUCAUCAAUGGAGAAGCUGGAAUAUGUACUGAGCUUGACAAGGAAAGAAGUGAAGAAGCCAGUGAGCCUCAAGUUGAGUGCUGAGCAAAGAGAAGCUUUGGUUGGAUUACUGCUGGGUGGUCUGCAAAUUGACUCGGAUGAACCGAGGAAGAAACACAUGAUCCGGUUCGCGCUGAACGAGAAUUCCAGCACGCACUCAAUUUUGAGACGACAUUUGUACGACGAGUAUCACGAGUGGCUGCAUCCAUCUUGCAGGUGUAAGGAUGAUUCUGGUGAUGACGUACCUUACAGAUUUUCCACCAUCGCUCAUUCUUAUUUUGGUUUCUAUGCUGACCAAUUCUGGCCGAGAGGUCGGCCCAUGAUCCCGAAGAUGAUUCAUCGGUGGCUGUCGCCCCGUGCUCUAGCAUACUGGUACAUGUAUGGAGGUUAUAGAUUGCAGUCUGGGGACAUAUUGUUGAAGCUCAAGGGAGACAAUGAGGGAGUUGAGAAAGUUGUGAAAGCACUACGAGCCAGAUCCCUUGAGUGCAGAGUGAAGAGAAAAGGUAGGGUAUUCUGGAUUGGUUUCUUUGGCAACAGCUCUACAUGGUUUUGGAAGCUGGUCGAACCGUAUGUGCUAGAAGGGUUGCAAGAUAACUUGCAAGGAGGCAACCCAAACGAUUCUGCAGAAGCUCGAGAUGUGAACUUUGACACCGAGUCCGAUGGAGAAGAAUCGGAACAGAACGGUAGCAGCAGUUAAAAUCGUGUUGUGUACACACUGCUUGAUUGAUGGAGAAUAGAGGUGAUAAUGUAUACUGUUAAUCCUGUAGAGUUAAAAGUUUUACUUGAUUAAUCUGAUGACUAAGCUGUGAUUUGAAGUUACCGGCCAAUUUUCUGCUGCUAUUAUUGUGUACUUAUCAUUUGCAUUAUCCCUGGAAUCUUAGCACGUACUUUUUACAUCGAAAGAGCUUUCGACUAAGUAAAAUGGGUUGCAUCUCUAAGGCCUAUGCUCCUUAGGAACAAGUUCAAUGUUUUCGGAGGUCGAUGUAAGGGUGUCUCUCUUCUUCAAAGUUACCAGAGUGCUUGUCGAUGGAGAAGCGAGAGGAAUGUUCAAUAUGGAAAGAGGACUUGAGCAUGGCAAUUCACUAUCCCCAUUCUCUUUGAUCUGGCCAUGGAUAUUCUCUUCCAUCUGCUGCAAAAGGUGAGGAUUUUAGAGCACAUCUCAGCCUUCUGCUUAAGACAUGGAGAAGUAACAUCUUUUGUAUGCUGAUGAUGCAAUAAUCUUUUACGAUGCUACAAAAGAAUAAGAAGAAGUUAACAAGCCAACAAGAUAGUUCACGAGUUGAACUCAACAAGCCACUAAGUUGAGUUGGCUCGCAAGUCCCUUUCUAGAACUGGGUUUUUUUUUUUUUUUUAUGGCUUUCUGCAAAAGGAUCUUAACUCAGUACACACUGAAGAACAAAGGAUGGUCUUGUGUCAAAUAGGUGUGCCUUGUGCAAAACACACGAAGAAGACAUAAAUCAGAUCUUCCUUACCUGGCUACAACUUUGUGAAAAAUGUAUGGAAAAGAUUAGGGAAAUAUGUUCACUUUGUCACUCUGAUUCAGAACGAGUUUCAGUUAGUUGUUAGAGAAUGACCCCACCGAACCACUAAUGGACGUCAAAAUGGUGCUCGAAGGUAUUGAUCCAUGAAAUUUACUGGUAAUCGGGAAGGAACUAAAGCUGAGAAUAUCAA